AAAAGCAUCACCGCCACAAUUCAACCCCCUCGACUUGUCAACUUUGGAGUUCACGGCAAUUUACAAUUCAAUUAAUUAUAAUUUAAUUAAUUAACCCAAAAAUAAUAAACUUAUCGUGCCUUCGUGAAAGUCUUCUCAUGAACUUCAAAUGAUAUUUAAUUGAGAGAGAUAGUUAAUAGUAGAUUGGCAAUAGCAGCAUUUAGGAACAGCCGAACGAGUGGGUGGAGCUGAUUUCUAUCAUUUUCAAGAGUAGGGGAAUUUCGGAGAAAGCUCCAAAAUUUUAGACAAAUUGAAAGAGCCCAGUGCCGACAGCAUGGGCGACGUUAAAACCGUUCUGCGGCGAAAUCGCCCGGGUACAAAGGCGUCGGAUUUUUGCAAGUGGCCUGACGAGGCUUUUGAAGAGAUGGAUAGCACACUGGCUGUGCAGCAAUGGAUUCAACAAACGAUAAAUCGGGACCCUGCCAAUAUUUCGGCAAUACUGACACCCCCAGAGACCCAAGAUGAGGAAGUGUGGAAAUACGAACAUCUUCGACAAUUCUGCAUGGAGUUGAACGGAUUGGCUGUGAAAUUACAGGCAGAAUGUUUUCCAGAGACUUGCAACCAAAUGACAGCGACUGAACAGUGGAUCUUUUUAUGUGCGGCUCACAAGUCACCAAAGGAGUGUCCAGCAAUCGAUUACACUCGCCACACACUGGACGGAGCAGCUUGUCUUUUAAACAGUAACAAAUACUUCCCCAGCAGGGUAUCUAUACGGGAGUCGUCUUUGGGAAAAUUGGGAUCUGUUUGCAGACGGGUUUACAGAAUAUUCUCACAUGCAUAUUUUCAUCACAAAACACUGUUCGAUGAUUUUGAAUCCACAUCCCAUCUCUGUAAACGAUUUACGUGUUUUGUAAUGAAGUAUAAUUUAAUGUCACGGGAUAAUUUGAUUGUCCCGAACAUGGAAGAUGGGGCCUCUAUUGAAGGAAGUGGAGGUGGAAAUCCGACUGAAGGAACUCCAGCAGCUCCACUCAACACUUCUCUAAUAGGAACACCUACCCCAUCAACCACGAGCUCAUCCGAAUCUGAGGCUUGAUUUUAGUUAAAAAAACGACUAGUUUGCAUUAAUAUUUUAUUGGUUACUCCAGUUUUGCGCUUUUAAAUUUGUUGUUUAAAUAUUUUCAAGUUUGAUUUGCGUAUUUGUGACUUGGAUUGAGUAAUUUAUACAUUAAUUUUAGUAGUAAUGCGUGGGCAUUAAUUGGAAUAUAAUGUUCAAUUCAACGAAUAAUUCUAGAGAUGUGUAGAUUUAAAUAUUUUAGUUCAGCGACAUAAAAAAUCUGUGAGUGCACUCUUCUAUAAUGUGUCAUGUAUGCGGGUGAUGAGUGUAUAUCAAUGCAAGAUUAAUCCCAAAAACGGAUUCCUAGUCGUAAGAAAAAGGCAUAUUAUCUAUUCAUAUUUUGAGGGUUUUUGAUGGUAAUGGAUAUCGUAGAAAUUCAAAUUUGUAUCCCUACAAGAUCAAGAUUUAGACGCUUUUUCAUACAAUGAACAAUUUGUGUAUAUUACAAGUAUUAUACACCAUGUGUGUAUGUCGUAUCUUUUACUUAUGUAAUGUGUGUAUGUAUGUUUAUGUUUGUGUUGACAAGGUGGGUAGGUGCAAAUAAUACAAACUGAAAAUUAAUGUUUCUCUCUUUUGAAUUUUGUCAUUUUUGUCUGCAGUAAAAAUAAGAUACAAUUUCCAGUCCAGAUUUUUGAUUGAUAAAAUAAAUGUAUUAAUUCUUGGAAUAA